GACGCCAGCUGGCGCAGCAGCACGGCACAACGCAGUAGCAACCAGGACUGCAGCGCUGCUGGGUCGUGCUGCAACGUGAGAGCCGCCGUGUUUGGGUGCUAGCGAGGUUAUUGCUGAGAUCACUUUGCAGUCAGCAGCUCGAUGAGUGACGGUUGUGACAGUGGCGGUGGGGACACCGGCGGAGGUUGCGACAGUGGGGGUGGCUUCUCCGGAGGCGGAGACUCCUCCUGGAGCGGUGGGGGCGGCGGUGGAGACCACGGCAGCAGCGACAGUCACCACCACUCGUCCAGCCACUGGGGCGGUGGCGACCACAGCUCCAACCACUGGGGCAGCGACAAGACCGAGUCCGGCACCGACAACAACGACUGGUGGAAGUCGUAUGGGGCUGCAGCCGGAGCUGACACAGAUCUGGUCUGCCUAGCAUCUGGGAGCAACAGCCACUGACACUCUCAAUAUCCAGCAGCCUUGGGUCUCAUGGACACCAGUCUCAGCAGCUGAUGAAGUCAACCGGGUUCAACACUUCCUCCAGGCAUCAGCAGCAGUGAUGCUGACAUCUGAUGUGCCAAGAUGUGUCAUCAU